AUGAAACUUUCUUUUGUAUCAGCAUAGAGCCAAAAUAGCGUAAUUUUCUCUCCUACAUAGAGUUAUGCUGUUUAAUCGUUUAACAAUACUUCGAAAAGCACUGAUACUGCAACUUAAUAAUUAGCUAAUUAAUAAAAGUAGCAGUUAAAAGGAUAAAAUAAUUUUGUUUCUUUUUAAAAUAUUUAAAUAAACUCUCCGCCUAACAACAAAAUGAAUGAAAAUAAGUAGCUUAGUCUUUCUUACAAAAGUUUACUACUUUAAAGUCCAAACCAGACUACCUAAAUUAGUACUGUCAGUGGCAGAGAUAAUUUUUAAAAAAACUUAAGCAAUAGCUUCACAAAAUCUCCAAAACAAGUAACUUUUAGUGAUGAUAAAAAUGACCUGUAGAAAUUUACCUAAGAUGUUAUAAAUCCUUACAAUUUAAGAGAGGCCAGAUAAAGACAAUAAUAUCCUCUAUUGUAGCAGCAGCAGCAACUUUCAAAAUCAGACAAAAUUUUGGUUGAAGAAAACAUUCAAAAUGAUAAUAGCAACUACAGCAAUAAAAAUGCACUUUUUUUAAUACCUAAGAGCUAAAUCUAAAAUUCAUCAGAAGAAUUGACUUAAGAAAGCAGUGAGAAAUAAUCAAUAAAUUAGAACUAUACUGGCUUUAAAUACAAUAAAAAUUAAAAUGAUGAAUAUGAAAUUAGCAAACAUAACAAGGGUUAUUUCUUAUCCAAUAAUUGUGUAGGAGAAAGAAGUGUGAUUAAAGAGGUAACAGAAGAGGAUUCUGAUAUCAAAGCGAAGAUAAAUCAUGAAUAAAAUAGCGAAUUUGAAGAAAGUAGUCCUAAAUUUGAUUUACUGUAGCAAAGCUUGAUGAAUAAGGAAUACAUGGAAUUUAAAAAUCAACAGCAAUCUGUUUUCAAGUUACCAACUGCUUAGGAGAAUAUUGAUAAGUAGGAGCAAAUUAAGAAUGUUAUUGUUGGAAACAAAAAGAUUUCUAUGAUAAAGAAUAACAUAAAAAAUAGACUUGCAGAGCUUGAAAAGAGAAUCGAAGAUGCAAAUAAAAAUAAUGGAGAACUCCACGAGCAGCUAGAUAAAAUAGAUAACCAUAAUCUUUAAGAAAGCACAAGCGAGUUAGAAGACUUUAGCAAUAAUAAUAGUAAAUUUAUGAAAUCUUUUUCUCAAAACAAAGAUAUUGAUAGCAAUAAAAUCACUCCUCGCAUUUCAAACAACGAUGAACAGCAUUAAUUAAAAUCUAAUUAGAUUAAUUAAAAUACUCAGCUAUUUCAAAAAACCAUCAAAUACGAAAAUUUAAAUUAAAAUCCUUAUCUUAAUCAGCAAUCCAAUAACUUUGCUACUUAAAAAAAUAUAUUUGAAAAUAGAGAGCUAUAGCAAAAUAUUCAUGAAAAUUCUCUUGUUUCUUCAAAUAUAAAUAAUAGCAGAAGACACAGUUAGGAGGGAAAGCAAAAUGUAAUUGAUUAAAGCAAGUAAUUUAGAAAUAAUGAUUAAAAUAGAGAAAAUACAUAAACCACAUCUAGAGAUGAUCAAUCUAAUAUUUCUGCUUUAGUUAGAGAUUUCUCACACAUAGCUGAUAAUAAAAAGGUCAAUGACUCUUCUUAUCAUAACAAUUAAAAUUCUUUCAGCAUCGCUUCCGAUUAUAAAAAAUAAUUUAUCCCAUUUUAAGAGAAUUCAAAGCCAAUUUAAUAGUCUCUUCCUUAAAGUAGCUCAGGCACUAAUGUAAACUAGUAAGCUUAAAAUUUGCCUCCUUACCACCAUCAUCAUAACUUUUCUUUCAGAGAUAGAAAUAUUAAUUCAGAAAACGAUAGAUAUUUAAGUAAUAUUGAAUAGAAAAAAGAAAAAAAUGACGACGAAUUUACUAAAUACUAUAUUAAUGUCUAAUAAAAAAUAAAAGAAUAUAAGGAAAAUAGCAUCAAUUCUUCAAAACAGCUAAAUCAAUCUAACGAAAACAGUCAAGAAUAAAUUAGAUAAGAAUUGUUGAACAAUAGCUAGAAUAAAUAUAUUUAGAGCGAUUAAUUAAAGCUUAAUGAUAAUAAAGAUUUGAUAAGAUCUAUGGCAGGAUGUAAUAAUAAAAAUGAUGGAAUAAAUGGAUUUAGAAGAGGUUAUCAACUAGAUAAAUUUAUGAGAGAUCAAUAAAUAGUUCAAAAUAAAAGAACUCAAUAAAAUUAUGAUAGAAGUAGAAAAAGUUAUUAAAAAUCUAAAUCACAUUCUAAAGAUUUAAAUGAUUAGAACGAGUUGAAUAAUAGCAAUUUGAGCAAAACAGCUAGCUUAAAUAGGUCUAGUUCUGAACUCAAAACAAUGCUGAACGAUGACCUUAAUCGCUCACUGAACAAGCAUUAAUAGCUGAAAUAAAUUAAAGAUUAAAUAGUAGAUGAAAUAGGAAAAUAAAAAUUAAGAUUGAGCUUUGAAAAAUAAGGAAAAACAUAAAUUCUCAAUGAUUCUAUGGGAAGGGAGCAAUUAAACAGUAAAUCGUAGCAGAAUAAUAGUUGUAAAAUUUAAAUUUAUAGCAACUGCAAUAAUUUGAGUAGCAGCUUUACUAAUAAGUCAGAUUAUUCUAAUUAAGUUUAUAAACAAAAUAACUAACAAACUCAUUUUAUUAAUCAAGAUGCAAAUACCUAUCAAAAUAUUCUUUAAAGUGAAUAGGAUAGCAAGUAAUAAACAUCGACUUUAUAAAAAUAGCACUCACAAAACUCUUUCACUUAAUAAUAAACACCAUCAUCUUCGUCACAAAGAAACAACUCUUUUAAAGUAAAAUCUCAUGAAAAUCAAAUAAAUAAUUCAAGCAAUAACAUUAGUAAACAAAAUUAUAAUAAUUAUUUGAAAGAUAUUUAAAAUAACUCUUCAAGGUCUGCUUUAGAAACACAUAAUUUUACAGAUAGAUUAGAAAAUGGAAAUAUUCCUUCUGGACAAUAACAAGAAAAUGUAAUUGGCUGUAAAAAUGAUACAAAAGAAUUAGAAAAGUAAACAUUUUUAGAGAAUGUUAAGGAUCAAGCUAAUCAUGAUAAAAAUUAGUAUGAUUUUAAAGAAAACAAAUUAUACUAAGCAGUUAAAAAUUAGUUAUAAGAAAAAGCUGAUAGUUAGAAUAUCGCUAACAAAUCAACUGCGUAAGUUACUAAAUUAGAAAACAAACCUUUGUAAGAAAAGGUUAAUGAUGUUGAAUAUAAUAACAGUAAGCUAAACCAUACAAAUAAUUCUUACAAUCAAAGCGAUGUCAGCUUUUCAUAGAAUAAAGGAAGGCUGCUUGUGAGAAGUAUUGCAGACUUCUAAGUAGGUAGCGAAAAUAGUAAAAAUUUAGUUAAAGAGCAAGUUGUGUUUAAGAAAAAAAUAAAUGAAAUACAGUAAGAAAUAAAUGAAAAGGAAUCUUAAAUGAAACUGUAAAACAAAAUCACUGAAUGCAUAAAUAUUUACUAAAAUUAAAAAAAGAAUGAGUAAAUGCUUUAGGCAAGUAACAGAUAGAGGUCUCCUUACAAUUCCUCUAAUAAUUUCUUUAAUUCCUCUUUGAAUAAUUAGUAAUAUCUAAAUAAAACCACUUAAAAUACUCUUACAGGUCUCAAUCACACUGAUUUGGAAAUACCAAGUCAGAUUGAUCAAAAUAAAAUGACAAACCUUUCAAUGAGCGUUAGUUUUGCAUCUCCUAACUAAAGAAGCUUAAGCAGAUCAAAGAAGAGUGUUAGAUUUUUGAAUCCAUAAGAUGACAAAUAACUUGUAAAUAGUAUUGAAAAAGCAAAAAAAGCUAAAUAUUAAGAAAAAGUAAAGAAUAUAAUAAGUUAGAAAGUACAUAACUGGCUAAAUAAACCUUCUAAACCUUAAAUGGUAUUCAACGAUUCUAAAUACAGGAUAAACAAUAAGUAAAACAACAACAACAAUAACAAAUAGCUAAACUCCUCCUCUACAUUACCAAAGAAUUGUUAUAUUCCUCAAAAUAUUUAUUAAAAGUGA